CGAACGCUUUUUAUAUUGUUAACUGCUCAAAUAGCAUUUAGUUAAAAUCUAACUAACACAUUCAAUCAUUGACCAGCAAGACAUGAUUACCGAUGUCGAGUCUUUCCUGCAUUGAAAUGAUAAAGCGUGGCUACAAAUUUAUAUUCAUAGGACUAGCAGUGGUAUGCAUUUUUGUGUUUGUUCCUCGUUACAUGAGGGGAGAGGCUGUUCCCCGUAGGCUGGACAUGUUGCCGCGGAUGGACGUGCGGGCGGUUUUAAGUGAUUCAGCGGAAAAGCUGCUACUUUAUUGGAAGCCAUUUAAUGGAAAUGGGUUUUUAAUCCCAGAACAGAACUGUUUGAAAAGAUGUCCAGUGAAAUGUAACAUAACAGAUGACAAAAGCAUGUUCUAUGACGCUGAUUUAAUAAAUUACCACCUGACGGAUUUAUGGCCGGAUAACUGGCACAUCGGUACAUCAAAGACGAUUGAAUUUCCGGCAUAUCGCCGAAAGGAACAGAUUUGGGUGGUCACUAACCAAGAGCCUCCUUCAAACUUGUUUGGAAAUCUCAGGGUUUUUAAUAGACUGUUUAACUGGACUAUGUGGUACCGAACUGAUUCAUUGGUUCCUUUACAGUAUGGGUGGUCAGUUGCUUUGACAGAAGAUGAGUCGUCCAGUUCAACAAAAGAUUUGGAACAACGUAACUUCUACCGAGAGAAAAGUAGAAACAUUACUGGUAGGAUUAGUAACUGUGGGGACGCCUCGAGGAGAUACAGAUUGGUUCACAAAAUGCAACAACAUCUGGAUAUCGAUAUGUAUGGCGGAUGUUACUCCAAAAAAUGUUAUCAUGAAAACUGCAACCAACCUUUAGAAGAAUACCGAUUCUACCUAGCCUUUGAGAACUCACUGUGCACUGAUUAUGUCACUGAAAAAUACUGGGAUGCUAUAAGUAGGGAUCAAAUUCCAAUUGUUAACUGGGAUUAUCAGCACGUGAAAAAUGUAGUUAUUCCUAAUUCUUUUAUCAGCGUCCAUGACUUUGGAGACAUCAAGUCUUUCGUUGAAUACUUAGAACAGGUGAUGACAAAUGAAACUCUUUACAAUAGUUAUUUCGACUGGCGGCGCCACUUCCGGGUUGAGCGGCGCUGCUCUAGUUGCCUGCUUUGCCAGGCCCUUUACUCGGAUAUCUCGAGACAGAUUGUGGCCGACCUAGAAGGCUGGGUACGCGCGGACAUAUGUCCCAAAGUACAGGAGUUGAAUAAGCUGGUGUUGAAUAUCGAUCAACGACUCUUUGAGUGGGGAAUAUGAUCCACUAAUGUCAGUAGUCUAUGGACUUGGCAUUCUGCUGAACUAUCGACCGAUAUAGACGUUUAAAGUGUAACUAUGAACGGGUGGAUGUUCCAAAUGAUCCCACCACAUGCGACUGUUCUGUGAUUUCCGUAUUGGUUCGGGAAAGAACAUUCGAAGUAAUGCACCAGUAAUACCCCGGAUUUUGGGAUGUGUUGAGUUCACAAAACAACUAUAUAAUGCCUUCACACUUAAAAUAUUCUUCCUGUAAAGCUAAAUUUCCCAAGUAAACAAUUCACUAAAGAAGCCAAAAUUGUUUAUGAUAAAAAUACUAAAUAUUUCAAAGAAAUACUGUGAACAGUACUUUGCUAUCUAUUUGCAACAUGGUGCACAUGAAUUAUUACUUCCGAGUUACAUAAGUAUAAAGGGAUGGUGGCAUGAAAUAUUGAUGACUUAGUGCAUGUGUUUUACAUGCACAUCAACUUCAGAGAAGAUCAAAGAGAUAUGACGAUGAUGGAAUUAUGUCGAAAAUCGAUCGUUUACGAUUGAGUUAGUCAAUAGUCGAUUGCAUAAUCACUGGAUCGAUGUUUUCUACCAGGCUGUUAGUCAUAAAAAUUGGAAAAAUAUAUUGGAACAACACUAUACGUUAUUUUGUAUUCAGCUUAUAACCUCAAGCUUAAAUACAAUUGAAUUAAAACACGUUUCCGAACCUUUCAUUUCGAUUUCAUCAUAAAAAAAUCAUCGAUGGCCUAACUGUAAUUUUCGGUGAUCGAUUAUAUCUUUUGAUCGAUUUUCAAAUCAUGAAAGAUCGUCGGAUUUCUAAAACUGAAUUCCGAGAUUGAGUGUGAUUAUAGCUAUUGUCGAAAUGGUGAAUAUGCAAUGAGUUAUUAGCUGUAAAUACGCGUAUUGUGGAAUUUUGAUUGAAUGGCUUUGUUUGUUGACACUGUAAACGUUGAAGCAACAUUAUCCCUUUCUUCAAGUGUCUGUUCAAACAGAAUACUUCAUGUAUAUGAGCUCAUUGUAUUUAAACAGGAUGGUACGAAAGUCAAGUUGGCGUGAGAAAACUUCCCGGUUUAUUUGUAAUUAUGUAUUUAUUGCUCAACCGCAAACUAUUUAUUUACACUCGCGCGUUUGUUCUUGUGUUAUAUGAAUGCCAUCGGAAAUGAAUUUCAUUUCCUUUUAGUAUGUCCAAAAUAUCUACGAAAACAAUUCUUUAAACCAUACUUUUGCCAUUGGCCAACAAAACAAAAGUUUAUUACCCCUUUGUUCUCAGACAACGAUAAAAACAAUGCACAUUGUUCGUAAAUAUUUAUAUCAUGCAUUUUUGUUACGAUCGAGAACCUAAUUUUCACUGGCGUUAAUAACACGUUUCAGCAAAGUAGAACUGUUUCCGUCACAGUGUUAAUAUACUAAACACAGUUUUAUUUUGAACUUUUCAGGUAGUUCAUUAUUGAAUGAUGCUUCCAAAUUAAUAUCUUAUACUUCCUGAAUUGUUUGCACUGAGAUACACAGAAAAUGGGGUUUUGUAAGGGGUGAAAUCCAGGCAACAAUAAACAAUUGUAUGCCUGAUUUUUCUUGAAAUUGUGUGAUAACCUACUUAAAAGAUUGUUCCAAAAAAAAAUUUUUAAACAUAGUUUGAAAAAAUUGUGAAUGUAAACAUUUAUAACAUUAUGAUAAUAGAGUUUCUGAUUUUCGAUUUUCCCUAAUGUAAUUGUACAG